UUUGGGCUUACCACCAUCUCCUCCGUCAGACGUUGUCGUUCCUGACAUAUCAGCCAUAUUCUGCGCCUACACGUCCGUGGAAAGCGUUUUGUCAAAGUAGUCUACCCACCUUCAAAGCAGCUACCCACGCACACCGCUGAAACACAUGGGCGAGCUCGAGGAGCACCAGACAGAGCCCCUGCCGACCACGCAAGCCGAGUGGGAGCACAAGCUCUCCCAGCUACGCGCGACGAACGCGGAGCUGCAGCGGCGCAAGGCCGACGCGGAGAAGGACCGCGACUUCUUUCGCGACCUGUACAGCAAAGCGUCCGCGCACGCAGGCGAGGUCUCCAAGGAGAAUGACGCGCUGCUCGAGCGCGCAGAGCUUGCCGAGGGCCAGGCGCGCGACGGGCUCGCGAUGGUGCGCGCGAUGUACGACGCGCGCGUGCGCCGCGCGGAGGAGGAGGCGGCGCGCUGGAAGGCGCAGUACGCGCUGCUGGCGGGGCGGGACUCGCGCAUGGACGACUAUAUCAGGAGUCGCGCGGCGCUAGAGCCGGAGCUGAGGGCGGAGGUCGGAAAACUACGAGACAAACUGGAGGUGCUGGAGGAGGAUUAUGGGCGGAUGGAGGUGCUGCUGGAGGGCCUGACGAAGGAGCAGGUCGAGGAGACAGCGGAGCUGGCUGAAACGGCGAAGGGACCGGAGAACACCAUUGCUGUGUCCGACUCUUGACGCGGCG